CCGGCUCUUCCUCUCUUAUAUAGCUUCCCAUUCACUUCUGCAAUCAAAUCCAAACUCAAUGAGUUGCUUCAACUACAGCUUCAUCUGGUUGCUCUUUUUAUCUUCUGCUCUAGUAGCUUCAGCUAGUGACAAGAAGCACAACAAAGGACCUGUUGUUACUGUGACCAAGCAGCUGACCUUCCCAGAUUUCAACCUCUCCUACAACACCAGAAUCUUGGACGAUAUAAAGCUCUUAGGCAGUGCCAAGCUUGCAUCAAACACCAGUGCCAUACAAAUCCCCGACGAGUCUCAUGUCGAUGAUCUAAGACAUCAAGCUGGACGAGCUAUAUACUCUUCUUCAAUCCGCCUCCUCGACCCUCACACCGAAACCCCUGCUUCUUUCGAAACAACCUUCUCCUUUCAAUUCCACAAUGCCUCCUCAUCUUCUGCCGAACGUAUCGAAAUGACUCAAAGCGGUGCCUACGGUGUUGGUGGCAGUGGACUAGCCUUUGUCAUUGUCCCGGAUGAGUUCACAGUUGGCAGACCUGGUGCUUGGCUUGCCAUGCUCAACGAUGCUUGCGAAGAUGACUACAAGGUCAUAGCAAUCGAGUUCGACACACGUUUGAAUCCAGAGUUUGGAGACCCUAAUGAUAACCAUGUAGGCAUCAACUUGGGGACUAUUAUCUCAACCGAAACCAUCAACGCUUCUGACGUUGGUGUCUUUCUCAACGACGGUUUAGUCCACCGAGCUUGGAUCAGCUACAAUGGCUCACGCCGUUGGAUGGAGAUUCGUUUGGGAUCAGACGACGGAAGUUACCCUUCUAAGCCUGUCUUCUCUGGCUCUAUUGACCUCUCACCGUUUCUGAAUGAGUACAUGUUCGUUGGUUUUUCAGCUUCCACAGGCAAUCACACUCAAAUCCACAGCGUGCUUUCAUGGAACUUCACUUCUGUUAGUCAGGCUUUUCUUCGGGUGCCUUCAAUGGAGACAUGUGAGAGCAAGAUUGUUGUCAAUGAAAACACUCAUGCUGAGCCUCGCGGCACGUUCUUGAUCUUUAUAGCUGUGUUGGUACUAGCUAUAGCUAUAAUGCUUAGUCUGUACUAUAACAGCAGGCGUAGAAAUGCAAAUUCGGAUAGUGGUAGUAUUGUGUUGCCGGAGAAGAAGCAGAGACCAAGGCCUCCACACAAGCCUAGAAGCUUUACAUUCUCGGAGAUUUCAUCGGCUACUAGGUCUUUUGGGGAGUUGGAGAUUCUUGGAGGUGGAUCAAGAGGUGCGUGCUACCGAGGGAAGCUUUCGAAUGGUUGUCAAGUGGCUGUGAAGAGAUUUUCGCUUGAGUUUCUGAACUCGGAAGGGUCGGAUAGGAGGAGAUUGUUGAAGGAAAUCCAGCGGAUUAGUAAGGUUAGACACCCGAAUUUGGUUUCCAUUAGAGGAUGGUGUCAUGAGGACAAAAAUGAGAUGAUGGUUGUGUAUGAGUUUUUCUCUAAUGGAAGCCUUGAUAAGUGGCUGUUUGGUGUUGGUGUUCUUCCAUGGACUCGGCGGUUCAAGGUUGUGAGAGAUGUGGCUGAAGCAUUGAGUUACUUGCACUCCAAUCAAUUGGCGCAUAAGAACUUGAAGACCAGCAAUGUCUUUCUUGAUGUUAGUUUCCGGGCAGUGCUAGGAGACUUUGGGUUUGUGCUAUGUGGAUCAGAGUCGAGAAAGUUUGAAUCGACGGUGAGCCAAAGCGCGGAUGUGUUUGAAUUCGGCCUCUUUGUGUUGGAAGUUGUGGGAGGAAGGAAGAGGUUGGAGGCAGAAUUGGAAGAGAGGGACUUGCUGGACUUCACAUGGAGGAUGCAUGAAGUUGGUGAAAUGAGGAGGGUUGUGGAUAAGAGAAUGGGUGCAGUGAUCAAUUUGGAGCAAGCAGUUAUGGUUUUGGAGAUUGGAUUGCUUUGCACGCUGAAUGUGAGCAAAGGGAGACCUAGUAUGGAGCAAGUUGUGGAGUUUCUGUGCAUGGAGAAGCCAAUCCCUGAGUUGCCACAAACUCGACCUGUGGCUUUGGCCCCCUACAACAGCACCAAUGCUCUAUGUACAGGUUAUUCUUGUGCUUCUUUCAAGUGAAGGAUUAGCUUUGAAUCUCCUUGGGCCUUUCUAAAACUUUCAGUGAGCAUACAUGUAUAUAUGAUUGCUUAGAUUAUGUACCUCAUAUAUAGGAUGAAAUGUUCUUAUUCAAUUUCUGGUUGUGUUG